AGAUGCUGAGUCCAAAAAAUUCAGAGCCAUUUUCAUUCAGCACAUUGAAAGGACUCUCUGCAUUGCAUGGGGAUUAUAAAACAUUCCCCGGGCAAUUAAGCGCAUAUCUCAGUAAAAAAAAUAUCUUUAUUUUGUUUUGAGUAGAAUUGAACAGAAUUCUUUCAUUUGUUGGAAGCACAAAUAUAUACAUUUUAUUCGUAUUUCUCAUAGAUUUGACAUCAGGAAUGAGUAUAGAAAUUCCUGAAGGAUUGACGGAGCUGUUGCAGAGCUUUACCGUGGAAGUGCUGAGGAAUCAGCCGGGAGAUUUGCUCGAGUUCGCUUUGCAGUAUUUCACCCAACUGAAGGACAGUGAAAUUAGAGGAGCCGCGUUUGGCAAUGACCAAAAUUCGGCCACGAGACCCAGUGGGAAAGCGGUCAAUUUCAUUGAGGAAGCCAUGCAGAUUGAUUCUGAAAAUGGAGAGGAGGAGAGUGACGACGAGGAAUUCACAGCUCCUGUGAUGAGUCGAUUUAUUAGAAGAGCAUCAGUGUGUGCGGAGGCAUUCAACCCUGAUGAAGACGAGGAGGACAAAGAGCAGAGGCUUUCCCAGGUGACCCAUCCUAAAACAGACGAGCAGAGGCAAAGACUACAGGAGGCCUGCAGAGAUAUCCUCCUGUUUAAAAACCUGGACCCGGAACAAUUUUCCCAAGUACUUGAUGCCAUGUUUGAGAAGUUAUUUGAGGUAGGAGAGCACAUCAUAGAUCAAGAUGACGAUGGGGAUAACUUCUAUGUCAUAGAAAGAGGGAUAUUUGAUAUCUGCAUGAGGGUUGAUGGCAUUGAGAAGACUGUGGGAGCCUAUGAUAACCGGGGGAGCUUUGGAGAGCUGGCCCUGAUGUACAACACCCCCAGGGCUGCUACCAUCAUAGCCACCUCGCCCGGAGCUCUCUGGUGCCUGGAUCGUCUGACAUUCAGGAGGAUCAUUGUAAAGAACAACGCGUUGAAGAGGAGACUUUAUGAGGAGUUCAUUGAAUCACUUCCAUUCCUUACAUCACUAGAGCUUUCAGAGAGAAUGAAAGUAGUGGACGUGCUGUCUUCUAAACCAUUCAGCGAUGAAGAACAGAUCAUCUCUCAGGGUGAUCUAGCAGAUUGUUUUUAUAUAGUUGAAUCUGGUCAAGUUAGAAUCACCAUGAAAAGAAGCAGGACGAAAAAAGACCAAGAGGAUGAGGAGGUCGAUAUAGCCACGUGCUCAAGAGGGCAGUACUUUGGAGAACUGGCUUUGGUCACGAACAAACCCAGAGCUGCUUCAGCUUUUGCUGUGGGAAGUGUUAAAUGUUUAGUUAUGGAUGUCCAGGCAUUUGAGAGGUUGCUGGGCCCCUGCAUGGACAUCAUGAAGAGAAACAUUGCAAAUUACGAAGAUCAGCUGGUCACGUUGUUUGGAAAUAGCACCACUGACAUUGAUGGAAAAAACCUAUGAAAUCCAGAAACGGAAAAAAGACUAAGUGAGAUGCACUAUGAAGAAGAUGUGAAAAACCAGGAUAACACUUUACUUGACACCCAGCAUCAUAACACGUUAUGACAUGGUCAUAAACAUGUCACAUGUCAUAAAAGCUGACGUAACAUGUAAUAACAUGGUCAUAAUACUGUCAUGACCCAUAUAAUUACACCUGUUGUGACAUAUAUUGCGUUAUUUUAUGGCUGGUUAUGACACCUACAUAAGAAUGUUUUUGUUUUUUCCCUGCCAAGAAGCUUCCUUUUUUUUGUUGUCUCUGUCAUAUUUUAAACAAAUUGCAGAAAAUGCACUUUAUGACACUGUAAUGAAGCAUUAUGCCCAUCCUGUGUCAUUUUAAUCGGACUAAGAAAAUACUCUUUAUGACCCUGUGAAGAAGCAUUAUGACUAUCAUAAUCAUAUAAGCCAGACAGGCCUAUCACGUACAUGCCCUUAUGUCAGUCAUCAGUCAAAAGGGUGUCUUGUCCUGCUCCUGAAAUCUGCUCCUGUAUUCAACUCAGUCAUCAGCAACAAAGCAUUGGGUAGGGAUGUCUGACAUCAAUGUGUGGACAGUUACAAUGAUAAUUGAAUAUGGUCAAUUUCAUAAAAUGAUAUAUAACAUAAACAUACUGUUGACAAGCAAGCUAUGGUGUAAUGGAAUGUUUUGCCUUGUGUGGUAGGUUUUGUGGGUUUUAACACUCUUAUGUAGGUGUCAUAACCAGCCAUAAAAUAAUGCAAUAUAUGUCACAACGGGUCUAAAUAUGUGUCAUGACAGUGUUACAGCUGUUAUGACAUAAUGACGCUGGGUGUCAAAUAAAGUUGCCGAAACCAGUGGGUAGUAUUGUUUUCCGUUCAGAAAAUGUGAAACACAGUAUGUUACCAUUAGUGAUUUAGAUAGGGUAAGACAAAAUGUGUACGUUUGAUUCCAGACGACACAAUGGUAUGUUUUAAAGGAUUUUGCCUGGGAGUAAUAUUUUUAUUGAAAGAAAGAUCCGUGUUAAAUCCAAAAUGUAAAUGUUAAUUUGUUCUGUCCUCAACUUUUUCCUCUUAGAUUUUCUACAAGUGUGCAUUUUAUUGAAUUUAUCACAUUUUGACACUGUUUGUAUAAUGAUCACUAUAACGUUAUAGAUGAUAUAUAAAUUGUCCUUUCAAAUAUUCUGAUAUCAUAUUUCAUCAUGUGCCAAAGGCCAUUCAAAUCCUUGUUAGAUUAUGAUGGUGUCAUCAUAACGUCACAGUAAUUAUCGCAUUUCACAGUUAAGAGUUUCUUGUUAAUAAUUUGAUAUUCUCAUGUUGACGUAUCUUUUAGCAAGGGGGGGAUCAUGCAUUUAAUAGGAUACAGAAGGGAACUAGGUCCCUUUGUUUCAACAUGGUGGUAAGAACAAAACAAUCUUGUCAUCAGAAAAUAAGGGAAAAAGAGAUCUUCUUUCUACAUCAGAGAAUGUAAAUUUACUUAUGGAAGCAGUAGUCCUUUUUUUCAUAGCAAAUGUGUCUCCUCAAACAUGUGAUUCAACUCCCUGAACAUGUCUGUGAACAAACUGUAAUACAUUAUUCACUGUGUGCUUUAAGAAACAGUUAAUAAUGCCAUACAUUUG